GAGGAAGCUUGCGAAUGAGAUGAAGCACACAUAAAAAAAAUUACAAUUUCAGAUCCUACACCAUUGUCGACACUCACAACUAUGAUGAAAGCGUUCCGGUUCCUCGGCCCGGACCAGGGCCUCCGCCUCCAGGACCUCCCGAUCCCCACCCCGGGCCCGGGCGAGGCCCUCCUCCGGGUUAAAGCCGCCGGCCUGUGCCACUCGGACACACACGUCCUGCGCGGCGGCGGCGCGGCGUGGAUGUGCGCGCUGCCCGUCACCCUCGGCCACGAAGUCGCCGGCGUCAUCACGGCGCUGGGCGACGAGCCGCUUUCCUCCUGCUCCUCCUCCUCCUCCGACAACCGUCGAUUCAACGUCGGCGACCGCGUCGCCGUCGCCUGCGUCGGCCACCCGAUCCAGACCCGCGACUUCCGCGAAGCCCUCGGCGUCGGCCGUGACGGCGGCUACGCCGAGUUCGCCCUCGCGCCCCUGAAAAACCUCGUCAGGAUCCCCGCGGGCGUCGCUUUCGCCCAGGCCGCCGUGGCGACGGACUCCGUCGCUACGGCCUACCACGCCGUCGUCGCCGAAGGCAAGGUGUCCGCAUCCCACACCGUCGCCGUCAUCGGCCUCGGCGGCCUCGGCCUCAACGGCGUCGCCGUGUCGGCACUUCGCGGGGCGAGGGUCUUUGGCGUCGACGUCGACGCCGCCAAGUUCGAGCGGGCGAGGGCCCUCGGCGCCGCCGAUUGCGCCGUCGGACUGGACGCGUUCGCGGCGGAGACGCUGGACGUCGUGCUGGACUUUGUGGGCGCGCAGGCGACGGCCGAGGCGGCUUUGUCGAUGGUGAGGCCCGGGGGCUGCGUGGUGAUGGUCGGUCUCGCGGCGCAGAGCGUGCGGAUCGCGACGGCGGCCCUCGUCACGCAGAACGUCUCGCUCCGCGGCUCGACGGGGGCAAGCAUCCAGGAACUCGGCGAAGUUCUCGAGUUGGUGGCUUCGGGCGCGCUGACGCCGUACGUGGAGGAGAUUGCAUUCGGGGAUGUGCCGGCCGGUCUUGAAGCACUGGGAGCUGGUGAGGUCAAGGGGCGUCUCUACACUGUUCCCUGAAGUGAUUUAUUUCCUA